AUGGACGAGAUAUUUCAAAUUUUAGACGAGUGCCAUUUGACUGGCGAACCACCGAACGAAACUGAAACCGAUUCUGUGGAAAAUGUGCAGAGAGAUAUCGAGAAUCUACUCGCGAACAUGCGAUGCAGCAUAGGUAGCGUCGAAUACUCGAGUCUAAACAAAAUGCUGGCAGUUUGUUACUUAAAGAUUGGCAAUGAACUCGAGGCUAUCUGUCACUUGAUCGAGUCGCACGCGGUGAUACUUCGUCAGCACAUAUUGCACAGGUCUGUGAAAAGAAAAAUGAGGGAAGAAGUUUUGUGCGAACAACAAUCUUCUGGACUCGUACCAUCUUACGUUGGGUUUAUCGCGAAUAAUGUAAAUAAAGUCAAUAGCUUAAAGGAGAAACUGGUUGAACUGCCCAAAGAAUGGUAUAUGAUCCAGAUCACUGGUCAACACAAGCCCGUUGAUAUUUGUGAGUUUAGCGAAAUGAAUAGAAUGCACGAGAUACAUAUUACCAUAUUGCCAACAGGAACCGAACAAAGAGAACCUCUGUGUAUAACGCUACCAAAACCAAAGUUGCAAUCUUCGUAUGACGUUUGUUAUGAAAUUCAAAAGUUACUGUCUAACAACAAGUCAGAUCUAACGGCUACUUACGCCAAUAGGCAGUUGUACUGGCAAAUGAGAGAAAGACAAAAUAAAACUUUGAAGGCUGCUGUACAAGCAUUGGAGAAGGAAUGGUUGAGAGAAUGGAGAAUCCUGUUUAUGGCAGAUCCAACUGACAAGGCUGAUGUGGUGAAAGACAUUGUAGAAAUGAUCGAUAAACUUCUGUCCGAUUACAGGGGGAGUAUAUCGAAGAGAUCCGAAUGGUUAUUAAAAAGAGUUGCAUUGGCAGCAUGUUUUCUUACGAAAGGAGAAAUAGCACGCGCGAUAAAGUACGUGCUUGCCGAGCACACGAAGCUUGCACACAACGUGAUAUUGUCGAUAUUUGGAAAGCUUCCUUGUAUACAACAAUUAAAAGAUGCCAGGAGGGGAACGUUAGUCUUAAUCGUUGACGAGCACAUGGAUUACGUUCCAUUCGAAUCGAUGGAGAUUUUAAGCUACCAGCCUGUCACUCGGUUUCCGUCCGUGCAUAUUGCAUACGCUUUGUUUAAGGAACACGAGAGUACGAUGGAGAACGGUUUCAAAGUGAUUAAGGAAAAGGAUAAUAUGGGGACAUGGAUAAUUAAUCCUUCGGGAAAUUUGGAUAAAAUGGGAGAGCGAAUGAGCGCAUUUGCCAAGUGUUGGCUUCCAAAGUGGAAAAUGAUCUGCGACGUCAAACCGAACGGAGAUGCCUUCGAAAACGCGUUAAUUAAUCGCGAUAUAUUAAUUUACAUAGGCCAUGGCAGUGGAAUACAAUACUUACCUCCUGAACAGAUUGAAAGGCUCAGGGUAAAGUCGAUCGUCAUGUUGUUCGGUUGCAGUAGCUUGAAGUUGUUCAAAAUAGGUGGUCGUUACACGCCAUAUGGGAUUUCGAAUCAGUAUUUAAUAGCCAGCAGCCCUUGCGUGAUCGGUAUGUUAUGGGAAGUCACGGACCUUGAUACCGAUAAAAUGACAUCGAAUUUCAUUAGCAGCUGGAUCUCAUCGCCGUGGGCCGAAGUCGAUGAUAACGCAUGGUGUACCGAUUUCAUAAUGAGUUAGUAUGCAAAAUGA